GUGCUGGCAUUUGUUUAGCCUUUAGCGUGCGUUAAAAUAUUAUUAAAAACUCGCGGAUCGAUAUCGGAGCCAAGAGCAGCGGAAGGAGCUGCUUAGCAAAUUUCGACACACAACAUUUUUGUAUCCCUCAAAAUUGAACCGAAAAAUCUGCAAAAAUAAAUUCAACCAACUAAAACGAAAAGAAACGCGACGUGCUAAAAGUCAGCCCAAAAUAGUUAUAUAAAGUAUGAGCGACAAGGAUAUCGUGCAAAUUCAAAAGAAUAAUUGUGUAAUUGAAAAAUCUGUGUGCAGUCUGUGCAACUGUUUUCGUAUCCAAUCAAUAGUUCAAUCAAUACGCAUAAAUAACUGAUAAGUUUGCUGUUGAAUCAAUCGCAGUAAAGCGCCCAUUUCGGGGGCACUUGCUGUGAGGUGCUUAGAAAAAUUUUCGCCUACAUUUGCGACAUGCAGUGAAAAUUUUUUCCGAUUUUUAGUAUGUACAUGUACGUUGGAGCGCUCGUGGGCGCCACAAACUGCGGUGGCAGGGGUACUCGGCGAGCUUUUGCCCCAACCAUAACCCCCAGUAUUGCUAAUACAGCCGACUCGGUCGGAGUAGCGGUUGUCUGACAACGCAUCGAUGCGAAUUAUGUGCCCGUUAUGAAUUCAUUAGCCAAAAAUUAUGCAAAUCAAGUGUACAAAAUGUCGAAAACCGAAGGUGCUAAGCAUUAAGGACCAAAAAACCAGGCGAAAUCAUAAGCAAUAAUCGGUGCAGUGCCGUUAACAGUCGACGUGUACCGUUAACAUCCGCAGCCAACUUCGCCUGGCCGAGCUUUCGCUCUCGCGCGCUCUCACGCUCUCUCUUGGCAGGCGCGGAUAAAACGGAUUGCCGAGUAACACCAACACAAGGACACGCGAAAAGCUCGCGCUCAAGGACUGGAAUACGCGACAGACACACAGAGCGAAAGAGAGAAGGAGCGAGAGAGAGGGAAAAGGACACUUUACGUUUACGCGCGCAACGUGCGUAGGUGUCUCUGUGUGGGUGAGCCCGAGUGCCACCGUGCGUGUGAAUGAAGGCGCCACAUAGUGCAACAUAUCAGGAUAACUAUGCUGAUGCGGCCAUGACAGCCAGGACACGGCCGAACAUGGACAGGGAUCAGCAGCGAAAUCGAAAUCCGGCGGAGCUGAGGCUCCUACCCGCCCAGCGCACCUCCACCUCCGCCUUUGAAUCCCCCGACUUGCGGUUCAACAAGGCUCGCCGCCGGCGGAGAAGCGAGCAAGUGCCUCCCGUGGUCGUCGAAUACCGUCGCUCCUACCGCGUGCUCAUCGUCAGUGCCCUGCUGGUCAGUCUGGCGGCCAGUUUCGUGACCCUCAGCGCCGGAUUCCAACUGGACGGCUCGCAGAACUCCUUCUACACCUUCCGCAAGUGGUACACCGGACUGAAUGGCACCCUCGAACUGGAGUUCAAGACGGAACAGCCCAACGGAUUGGUUCUCUACACCGACGACGGCGGCACCUACGACUUCUUCGAACUGAAGCUGGUGGAAGGAGCACUCCGCCUGCGAUAUAACCUUGGUGGCGGUGCCCAGAUCAUCACUGUGGGUCGGGAACUGCACGACGGCCACUGGCACAAGGUGCAGGUCCUGCGGAACGAUGAGCAGACCUCGCUUAUCGUGGACGGCGUUUCGCAGCAGCGGUCUACCAAGGGCAAGGAGUUCCAGUUCGGCAAGUUCGCAAGCAACUCGGACGUCUAUGUGGGCGGUAUGCCCAACUGGUACAGCAGCAAGCUGGCGCUGCUCGCCCUGCCAUCCGUCAUCUUCGAGCCGCGUUUCCGUGGCGCCAUCCGCAACCUGGUCUACGCGGACCAACCUGGCGGCUCCACCAGGCGCCAGGAGAUCAAGCAGCAGCGCGACAUCAAGUGCGGCGAUGUGCCCUGCGAUCACGGCGAGCUGCCCGCCCGUGAAAGGCCGCUCAGGGGUGUUCGGGGCGGCAACACAACCGAUGCCUGCGAGCGGAACGAUCCUUGCCAGCACGGCGGCAUCUGCAUAUCCACUGAUUCCGGUCCAAUUUGCGAGUGUCGAAACCUCGAGUACGAUGGCCAGUAUUGUGAGAAGGAGAAGGCGCCAUCGGAAGCAACGUUCCGCGGUACACAGUUCCUCUCCUACGACUUGGGCCAGACGGGCGCCGAGCCGAUAGUGAGUGCCCAGGAUGCCAUAUCCUUCUAUUUCCGCACCCGCCAGCCGAACGGUCUGCUCUUCUACACGGGCCACGGCACGGACUAUCUGAAUCUGGCGCUGCGGGAUGGAGGCGUCUCCCUGACCAUGGGCCUGGCCAAUGGCAAGCAGGAGAUGCACAUCAAACCCUCGAAGGUGCGCUUCGACGACCACCAGUGGCACAAGGUCACUGUGCACCGUCGCAUUCAGGAGAUCUCCUCCAUAACCAGCUUCUGUCGGCUGGUUACCGUGGUGGAUGAUGUCUAUACGGAUCACUCUCACAUUGCCGGCAAAUUCACCAUGCUCUCCUCCUCGCGGGUUUACGUUGGCGGCGCUGUUAAUCCCCGGGCUCUUUUGGGCGCCCGUGUGCACACCAACUUCGUGGGAUGCCUGCGCAAAGUGGAGUUCUCGGCGGAUACGCUUAAUCUGAACCUCAUUGACCUGGCCAAGAGCGGCUCCAAGCUGAUCCAGGUAGCUGGCAAUCUGGAAUACCAGUGCCCCAGUGGGGAUCCACAGGAUCCCGUGACCUUCACCACUCGCGAAUCGCAUUUGGUCCUUCCUCCCUGGGAAACUGGCAAGCAGAGUUCCAUAAGCUUCAAAUUUCGCACCAAGGAGCCGAAUGGCAUCAUUGUCCUGGCCACAGGAUCGAAGCAACCAAGGGCCAAAAACCCCGUCUUGAUUGCCAUUGAGCUGCUGAAUGGGCACAUCUACAUCCACUUGGACCUCGGAUCCGGAGCCUCCAAGGUGCGAGCCUCGCGACGUCGCGUGGACGAUGGCGACUGGCAUGACCUGAUUCUUCGCCGGAAUGGACGCGACGCCAAGGUGAGCGUGGAUGGGGUGUGGAAUGACUUCCGGACGCCCGGUGACGGCACCAUCCUCGAGCUGGACGGGCACAUGUACCUGGGCGGAGUGGGUCCUGCCUACAAUAGCGUGUCCUGGCCAGCGGCCAUUUGGACGGCGACGUUGCGCCAAGGAUUCGUGGGCUGUUUGCGUGACCUGGUGCUGAGUGGCAAGGCGAUCGAUAUAGCGGCAUUUGCACGUGUCCAGGAUUCGGCCUCCGUGAAGCCAUCGUGCCACGUGCAGGGCAACGUGUGCAACGGCAAUCCCUGCCUGAACGGAGGCACCUGCCUGGAGGGCUGGAACCGACCCAUCUGCGACUGCUCGGCCACGCUGUACGGAGGACCCACCUGCGGACGGGAACUGGCCACGCUGGCCUUCAACGGCAGCCAGCACAUGACCAUUUGGCUGGGCAACGGGCAAGGCACCAAGACGCAGACCGAGGAGCUGGUCAUCCGCUUCAAGACCUCGCGUCCAGCAGGACUCCUGCUGCUGACCAGCGCCGAGUCCAACUCGCCGGAUCGUUUGGAGAUCGCUCUGGUGGCGGGAAGGGUGCGGGCCAGUGUGCGGUUGAGCGAUCGUGAGAAGAACUUGCUGGCCGGCCAGUCGGUGCUCAACGACAACAACUGGCACACGAUCCGCUUCUCGCGCAGAGCCUCCAAUCUGCGGCUACAAGUCGACGGGGCUCCCCCCGUCAGGGGUAUGUUAUCCGAAACGAUCCUGGGUCGCCACAGCACCAUGGAGAUCCGCUCGGUCCACCUGGGUGGUCUCUUCCACGCCGAGGAGGAGAUCCAGAUGACCUCCACCAUGCCGAACUUUGUGGGCCAGAUGCAGGGCUUGGUGUUCAAUGGCCAACGCUAUUUGGACAUUGUCAAGAGCCUGGGACCGGAGCUGUCGGCUCUGCCCAGUGCCACCUUCAAGUUGACAGCCCGCUUCGUGAACUCUCCGGCCGGACAGCCCUACCAUGCGGCCACGUUCCGCUCCAAGCACUCCUACGUGGGUCUGGCCAUGCUGAAGGCCUACAACAGCAUUUCCAUUGACUUCCGCUUCAAGACCGUGGAGCCCAAUGGUCUGCUGGUCUUCAAUGGCGGACGACGCAACGACUUCGUGGCAGUGGAACUGGUCAAUGGUCACAUCCACUACACCUUCGAUCUGGGAGAUGGUCCAGUGACGAUGAGGGACAAGUCGCGCAUCCACAUGAAUGACAACCGCUGGCAUCAGGUCAGCAUCAGGCGUCCGGGACCCAAGACGCACACCCUAACCGUGGACGACUCCUUCGAGAUCAUCAGCCUCACCGGAAACAACAUGCACUUGGAGCUGGCGGGUAUCCUGUACAUCGGAGGCGUCUUCAAGGACAUGUACUCGAAGCUGCCGGCCUCGAUCUCGUCGAGGUCCGGAUUCGAGGGCUGUCUGGCCUCCCUGGAUCUGGGCGAUGCCUCUCCCUCGCUGACCAGCGAUGCGGUGGUGCCCAGUUCACUGGUGGUCAGUGGCUGCGAGGGACCCACCAAGUGCAGCCAGAAUGCGUGUGCCAACAGAGGAAACUGCGUGCAGCAGUGGAAUGCCUAUGCCUGCGAGUGUGACAUGACCUCCUACACAGGACCCACCUGUUAUGAUGAAUCGAUUGCGUAUGAGUUUGGCAACAACAAGGGCAUGGUGCAGUACACAUUCCCGGAGAACGCACAGGCUGACACGGAGGAGGACAACAUAGCACUGGGCUUCAUAACCACCAGGCCGGAUGCAGUGCUCCUGCGGGUGGAGAGUGCCACCACGCAGGACUACAUGGAGCUGGAGAUAGUGGAGGGCAACAUCUUCAUGGUGUACAACAUCGGCAGCGUGGACUUGCCGCUGGGCGAGAUCGGGACGAAGGUGAACGACAACGCCUACCAUGUGGUGCGGUUCCAGCGCAAGGGAGGCAACGCCACGCUCCAGCUGGACGACUACAAUGUGCAGGCACUGACGCCGCAGAGCCACCACUCCACCGUGUUCAAUACCAUGUCCAACGUUCAGGUCGGCGGCAAGUUCAGCCGGAACGGUCGCACUCGAAUCGAGCGGCCGUUCGCCGGCGUGAUCGCCGGACUUUCGGUGAACAAGUUGCGCAUCUUGGACUUGGCCGUCGAACGCGACCCCCAUAUCACCAUCCGCGGAGAUGUUCAAUUGGUAACUGGAGUAUUAGAUAGAAAUGAUCUGCAGAGAAUGCAGCAGACUUUGAACUCUACUCGACAGACGCCGGCGAGUGGUUAUCCGGGUGCGCUGGACGAUCUGAUCUUCUCGGGAGCCGGAUCCGGAUGUCGCGGCGACGACGAGGACGAGUGCACGCCGCCAUUCGAGUCGGGCAGCGGAGAUGAUCUCAUAACACCGGUCUACGUGCCGCCCACCAAGCAGACAACCACGUCCCAGCAGGGGAAUAGCUUGAGUACCGGCGGGAGCAGCAGUGGCGGUGUCAUCACCAAUGGCACGGAGCGGGCCUGCGAUGACGAGGACUGCGUCCAUGGAUCCGGCGACUACGGCGAGACCACGGAGCAGUUCACCUCGACGAGCACCGCCCGCGGUUCAGAGUCCAACAACAACGAGAUGGUGACCAUUACCACCACGGGACGCAGCGAUGUGACCACGGAGCAGCACCCAGGCAGCAGUAGCAGCAGCAGCAGCGGCAGCACUCCGUCCUACGCAACCACGCAGUCCAGCAGCAGCAGCAGCAGCAGCAGCAGCGGAGGAUCGGCAGCCAGCACUCCGGGUCAGGUGAGCACGACCAGCAGCGUGGCCACCACAUCCACGCAGCGGGCCACCAGCAGCAGCACCAGCACGAGCAGCAGUACAACCACGACGACCACGACAACGACCACCACUCAGGCCACACCGCCUCCGGAGAUCCGGAGCACGGUCACCGAGCGGGACACCACGCCCUAUGAUGUUUAUGUGGCUGGUGGCGGCAUGGGCGGGUCCGGGCGAAAUGAUCACGAUCGCAUGCAGCUGCCGGACGAGCAUCACCCACUGCCACCGCUUCCGCCACCCAUUCCGCCGCAGGAUCCACCUCCGUACGGUCCUUAUGGCGGCAACACGUACAACACCAACAUGAACAACUACCGUCCAAAGGGUAAGGGCGGCCGCAUCAACUCGAUCGAGGAGGAGCGUACCGCCAUGAUAAUCGGCAUAGUGGCGGGCAUACUGAUCGCAGUGGUGCUGGUCAUCCUGCUGGUCCUGUGGCUCAAGUCGAAUGGCGAUCGUGGCUAUAAGACGGAGAGCGAGAAGGCGGCCGCCUACGGAUCUCACAAUCCGAAUGCUGCGCUCCUGGGGAACACGAGCACCAAUGGAUCCUACCACCAGCAGAGGCAGCACCACAUGCAGGGCGGCGGCGGAGGAGCAGGGCAGCAGCAGCAUCAUGGCCAACAGCAGAUGCACAAUGGGCACAACGGUAAUGGGAAUGGAGGAGGCGGCGGCGGAGGCGGCAUGAUGUCCAGCGGAAGUGGGUCACUUGGCUAUGGCAGCGAUGGGCGACCCCAGAUGGCGGGCUUGGUGCAGCCGAAGGCCAAGAAGCGCGACUCCAAGGACGUCAAGGAGUGGUAUGUGUAAGGCGGCAUGGUCGCUGGGAAUUAUCGUCAAAUUAGCAAUAAUUGCAAAUAGUGCAAAGUGAGCCGAAAGUGAAAGUGAAAGUGAAAGUCCCCCUAAGAUACGAGAAACAAACAACCACACACACAUAAGCGUAUAUAAAUAUAUUUAUUUAGCAGCCUCGUAACGUUAAUUAAACAAUUAUAAGCGGACGCAGUCGGACACUGGGUGUACAAACGGAAACGGAAACGGAAGUGGACGGAAGGAUAAUAAUAUGUAGAUGGCGCCUUGCGCAGCUCGGUAGGUGGGCAUCACGCGAUUAACGAUGGCUGAUGACGUUAGCAGCAGGCAGAUAGAGCAGAUAGCCGGUAGCAGAUAGCCGAUAGCAGAUAGCAGAUAGACACGCAAAUACUUUAGACAAGUGCAUCUGGCCAGGAGCAUUGGUUCGCCCCCAAAGGUAACGUUUAGAUUACGCCUAAGAAAUUAUAGCUUCGACUCAAGACUUGCUAAUAGAUACCACUACCACUACCACUACCACUACCACUACCACUGGAGAGCAGCCACAUCCAUCAGCGAAUAAGCAUAUUACACUAAACGAAUAAAACUAUAUAUAUUAUAUAUAUCACAGCGUUACGAUAAAUUAUGCCACUACACUAUGGGGAAUUUGACCUGUUUUUUUGGCAUAAAUGUAUUUUUUAAAGUGUUUCAAAUUCUGAAAUUUUUUUUUUUAACAUAUUAAGAAUUGAUCAAAGAUUUAUAAUCUGUAACGCAAAUGUUAAAUUAACAGUCCACUGUUAAAAUUAACAGCUGUAAAGUCAGCUGUUGUAAACAUAAAGCACAUGCCAUCGGAGAGCUUCUUUUUUUAGUGCUUACUAAAAUUAAUAUUUCUUGAACCACAAGGCCUAAACCCGUCAAAUUUGAAAUGAAUACUCAUUCUUGAGGUGUGUACUAUGUGUUUCUACUAAUAUGUUGCUUAGUUUGUGCGCUUAAACUUAACAAUUUGUAUAUUUAGCAAGUGAUGUUAUCGUCCAACUUUCAAAAUAAAAUUUCAUCUUUGAGUAGAGUUUUAAAAAAUUGUUGAAAUUUGUUUAGUAAGUGUGUUAGUCCAUGUUGUAGAGUGAUUAAUUCCCUAUUUAGAACAUAUAGGUUUCAUUUGCAAAUUUUUGCCGCUUUUCGCGAAAAUUAAAUUAUUAGGUAGCAACCUCUCAAUUUUCAAUGCGGCCCUCCUAGUAGCGUGGCGCACGCAUAGUUGGGCAUAUCGACGACAGUCUUCUUGAAAUUAAUCAAGGUUACUUAUGGCAUGUUUUAUAACACUUUUUUGCAUAAAUGAAAAAUAAAAAUAAAUAAAUAAAUGAAAUAAAAAGCUUUAUAAUACCCGGCCUGGACGGAAGGCAAGGCCCGUUGAACAUCAUAUGAAAACUACCACUGAAACGGCUCUGGCCUUAUGACGAAUAAAAAUGAAAAAUAAAAAUGACUUAUUUUUCAACGUUGAAAUAGAUACUGAAGAA